AUGGCGCAAUAUGAGCAGUUGGACAGCCGCCGGCGGAGCGAAGGCAGCGUCGAGAACCUCACUACUCCGGACCGAGAACAAUGGCACAAGCUGAAACAUCCCGAGACGAUCGGCCAGCGAUACGCACGUCACACCAUGGUCGUAGCCAAGUAUAUCAUACUUCAUGUUCUGGUUCCGUUCCUGUCAAUCUGGAUCGCAUUGCGGUUGAGCGAGGGACACUCCCGCGGGCAUGGCCGUGAUGAAUUCAUACUGGAGAGGACGUACGGCUCUGACGCGCGGUUCAUGAGCCUCGACAAGAAGUUUGAUUAUGUCUGGGCAGAUGACAUGAAGCUCAAUAUCUACCCGCUUCCCAAAGAUGGCUCGCUCGGUCCCGAGGUGGACAUUGCACGGGCUCAGGGCAUUGAGACCGGCUCCAUUGCUAUGUAAGUAACGUAAGUACCAACGAGAAUGGUCAACAAAAUUUGCUCACAAGAUCAUCAUAGGUUUCACAAUCUUCACUGCCUCGCCAUGAUACGCAUGACGCUUCAAGAAGCGCACUACGGAAAUCCUCCUGGUCUCGAUUAUCACGAUGAUGAUCACUGGCCGCAUUGUCUUCAUCAUCUGCGAAAGGCCAUUCUGUGCCACGCGGACGACGUCGUAGAGCUGCCGAAGUGGAAUAACGGAUCCUUAGGGGCGCCGCUGGUGAGUGGUGUAGCAGAUGUGAGGCAUUGUCGAAGCUCAGAUGCGAUGUACCAGCUGAGAGACCGUCUUGUGUCUCUUGGAUAA